AUGCUGCAGCUUCUGGCUGAAUCGUGCGAAGGCUGUCCUGAAGCAGCGCAGGUAGUUUCUUGCUCACCUGCUCAGCUACCUGAACUUUUAGCAUUGCUGGAGAUACAAAGGGAACUUCAAGCAACAGCUCAUGUACGAGGCCUUGCAGCCCUGGUGCUUGGCACAUGCUUGCUCGAGCUGCCUCAGGGCCCUCUCGAGGGUGUCUUGGUGGAUGCUGCACAGUUGAUGGAGCUCAUCGCCUCACACGGUGUGGACACCUUCACUCGUGCAUCGGAGGACUUUCAGCGCAGAUUGAGCUUGAACUCAGACAAGUUGGUAUUCGGUGCCACAACGCGCUACUGGCCAGGCUUCCAGGAAUGGGCGACUUUGCAGUUUCAGAAAACCCAAGAUGCAAUGGUUCGAAUCUGGCUCGAUCGUGGCCGUCAGAGUGUUUCAGGCAUAGCUGAGGAUGUGGCGGAGCAUUUUAAGGACUUGAUCAAGAUGCAGGACAAGGAACUCCGCGAGCUGCGAGACGAGGUCCAAGUGCUCAAGACCGAGAACAUGGAGCUGCGCAAACUCACCACAGAUGAAGACAAGACUCUCCUCCUUUGGAAGGUGGCUGCCCUCAGCAAGCAGUGCGAAGCCUUGCAAGUUAAGUGUGACCUCCUUGAAGCUGGUCGAAGCUCUGUCGAGGUCGCGAGGUUGCGAGAACGCCAGAUCAAUCGGCAAGAACGGGAGGAGCUGGAACAGCAACUCCAGGUCUUGGCUUUGGCCCUGGAUGAGGCAGAAAUGUCGAAGAAGGAGAAGCUUUGUUUCGAAAGUGAAGGGAGCGCCCCUUUGUCUGCUGCGGCAGAAAGGGAUGAGCUCCUGAAGGUCCUAAGCCUUAUCAACCGCAGCUGUCCAGAGGCCGCCGGGUUUCUGGAGCCCUUGGGCCACUUCGUGCCGAGCAGUGCUGUAAAGGAGGUGAGUGCUUGGGAGGCUGCUGCGGAACGAGUUGGGAAGCAAGCUGAGGUGAUCUCCGAGCUGGCAGCAAAACACAGCCAAAGUGUGCUGGACCUGCAGGAACGAGCUGCUCUGCGGGAGGCGAAGGUGGCAAAUGGCUGGCAUGCGCCAGAAGGCCGAGGUCUUCUUGCCGAAGAAACGCAGCAGGAAUUGCAGAACCAAGGUUUAGCUCAGCAAACACCUGAGCACGAAGUGUUGCAACAACACAGCAACCGUAGCAGCCGUCAAACACAGCAACCAGGACAAGAGCACACAAGCGGUCCCCCUCAAACAUGGGUGCAUCACCAAGAAACUGACUUGCGCUCUCAGCAGCAAGGCCAUCAAGAACGAUCGCUGCACACAGCAACGCAGGAUAUGCAAACAGGACUGACACAAGACCGCCAAAACCUUGUGUCGCAUGCUCAAACUCAACAGCUGCACUUUAGCCAUCAGGAGCAACAGCAGUCUUACCAGCAGCAGGCAAAACUCUACGGACACGAACACAGCCAAGAAGGUGUGCAAACUUUGCAGCAUCAGCAGUCACACCAGCAAACAACACACCAACGCCACGGGCAAGAUAGCUCACAAGCUCAGUACCAGCAACAGCCAGACCAGCAAGCAACACUGCACCAACAACAUGGAACACAUGGACCAGAAGGUUUGCCAUUUCAGCAGCAACAGUCAUAUCAACACACAACGCCACACCAACAGCACCGGCAAGAAGCUGUGCAUGAUACACUGGGGUGGCAGCCCAGGGAGCAGCAAAGCCUAGGUCAAGAAGCACAGGAGCUUCAACAGCAAGACAAGCAACAAGCCAUUCACCAAAAGCAGGAAACUAGUCACGUCGCUUCUUAUCCACAGCAGCAGCAGCAGCAGCAGCAGCAGCAGCAGCAGCAGGCUAGGCAAGACCAGCACAGUGAACUGACAGCUGAAGCCGCUCCAGCACAGGGUAAGGCUGAAAGCGAAGCUGACAACCAAUGGCAGAACCCUUGGGGACAGCUGCCUGCCGGCUGGGUGGCCUACUCAACAGCAGAAGGCCAUGUGUUUUACCACAAUCAGAGUACAGGGCAAUCUCAAUGGGAGCGACCCGCGUGA